UUACAACUGCCACUGAAACUCGAGCCACUUUCUGGUGGAAACUUGGUCAUACCUUAUCCAUACACCUGUUCUCUGAUUUUGAUAAGAUACCACAAAGUCCAAGCCAAUAGAAGAAAAAAGCUAAAGCAGAAUAAAAAUAAAAAUCUGAGCUUGGUUAGUUAGUUAGCAUCAGGAGAAAAAGAAAAAACAAACAAAAAAAGAAGAAAAAAAAUGUCUAUGGCAUGUUCAAUCCCAUGCAUCAAAAUCCCAACACGUUCCUCUUCCCCAUCUUGCACUUCAUCCAGUUCAUCCUAUUCUUUGCGGUUCUCUUCUUCUAAGCCUCACAACAGUGUCACCAUAAGGAAUUCUCAAGCUGAAGGGCCUAUAAGAAGGCCAGUGGCACCCCCAAUAAGAGAACCAUCAUCAUCAUCAAGUGCUCCACAGCUUCAGAAGCCAACACUUCCUUCUCAGCCUCCAUCACCAUCCUCUUCACCCCCUCAGAAGCCAGCUACUGUUGUUGGGGAUGAUAAGAAUGUCAUUACAUUGGAGUUUCAGAGGCAAAAGGCUAAGGAGUUGCAGGAGUACUUCAAACAGAAGAAGCUUGAUGAAGCAGAUCAGGGUCCUUUCUUUGGUUUCAUUGGGAAAAACGAGAUUAGCAAUGGAAGAUGGGCAAUGUUUGGUUUUGCUGUUGGGUUGCUAACAGAGUAUGCAACAGGUUCGGACUUUGUUGAUCAAGUAAAGAUCCUUCUAUCGAAUUUUGGAAUAGUAGAUUUGGAAUGAACACAUCAAUAUAAGAUACUGUCAACACUUUCUUGCUCCCGUUCUUGGUGUAAACACUGUUGAGUAAUUUGUUCUGUAAUUAAUUUAUACCAAACAAGCUUUCUCUUCACAUUGAUGACAUCACAAGAAUGUGAUUUUCCUUUCCCAUUAUGCUGGACUCCCUAGAGAUUGAAAAUUUUC